AUGAAGGGACUACCGAAUAAACAAAACAAUCGUUUUUAUAUUAAGUUUGAAAAAAACUCACUCAUUUUAUUGCUAACAAGCUACUGCAAUUGGGAUGAACAAAUUGCAGAUGUAUCUUGCAGAUUAAAAUAUGAAGAUAUUUUUUUUUCAGAACCGGUAAUAGAAAGUAAAAAUGAAAAUAUUAUCGGAAUCAGUUUAAACCCUGAGACUUUGAUUCUUCCCCUAAGAUCUUCAAUAUUAGCAAGAGAAACGACGCUGCGGCUCAGCAAAAGAGACUCACAAAAUGUUCUAUCAUUUUCAAUGAUAAUUGAAACGAAAAAAAUGAGUACAUUUCAACUAACUCAUGAUUGUAAAGUUGAUGUUUUGAAAUCAAAGAUAACAAAUAACUUAAUACCUUUGGGUGAAGACAAGAAAAGAUUUGCAAAUGAAAUCCCGAAUACACAUUUUUCUUUGCCCCCACCAAAAUCCUUGUUAAGAUUACUUGAAAAAAUGAAAUUAGUUGAUUCUAAGUAUGCAGAAAUUGAAAUAAUUCAAGACUGUAACAAUAAAACACAAACUAAUCAUGGUGAAGGACCCAAAUCCCCAACUUGCCACUUUAUCUGCACUUCUGAUAAGUCUUUAAACUCCACUGUUUCAAUAAAAACUUCUUUCAAUAAUUGCAUUGUAUUUCAUACUGAAAACAACGAUGACUCCAGGAUGAUAAUUUCUCAGGAUCAGAACAAUCCAAUCGAUCAGAAACGGCCAUUCAGAGUUUCUGCUGCAUUUGAUAUUAAUCACUUAAUGUCUGUAUUACAAUUAUCCACUAAUAUAUCAGACUCAUAUUGUGUUGCCACAAUAACUCAGAACAAAUUUUUAUCUAUGUUGAUAUUUUUCCCUAGCAUUGAAUCGCAAAUAUCUGUAUUCUUGGCAUCAAUAAAUACUGCCAAUACUGACUGA